AUGUUUAAGCGUCUUCCCCUACGACUUUCAACCAGAAUUACGAUAUUACCAUUUAACGUUCGUAAAGAGCGAUUUUACAUCAGACCAAAAUCUGUUCCGGUACGGCAAAACAAAAGUCAAAUUGCGAUUUGUGCCGCUACACUAACAAUUUUCGCUCUUCUUGGUGGAAAAUAUAGAAAGAUCUAUAAUGAGCGUUCAUUGUCUGAGUCAUAUACGGAAGAUAAGAAUUCUAAGAUAGUUGCGACAAACGACGACAUACCAUUGCGUCAAAGAAUGGAGAAAUAUAUAAGGGAGCUCCAAUUACAUAUUAUGAAAGAAAUUGAAGCUCUUGAUGGAAAAAAAACGUUUGAGAUCGAUAGUUGGGAACGUGCUCAAGGCGGUAAUGGCGUGACGUGCAUAUUACAAGAUGGCAAUGUCUUUGAAAAAGCCGCCGUAAAUAUUUCUAUUGUACACGGAGAUUUGCCUGAACCAGCUCUAAAGCAAAUGAAAUCACGAUUCGAAAAUAUUGAUAUUUCAGAAGGACCAUUUCCGUUUUUCGCCGCAGGAAUUUCAAUUGUGAUGCACCCACACAAUCCUCAUGCUCCUACUAUACACAUGAACUAUCGAUAUUUUGAAAUCGGUAAUGAUGAUGGAAAACCGAAAUUAUGGUGGUUUGGCGGUGGAUCCGAUCUUACACCUUCUUACCUGUACGAAGAAGACGCCGUUCAUUUCCAUAAAACUCUAAAAGACGCGUGCGAUAAACAUGACCCUGAUUACUAUCCCAAGUUCAAGAAAUGGUGUGAUAAAUACUUUUACUUAAAUCAUCGCGCGGAAUCUCGUGGAGUGGGUGGUAUAUUUUUCGACGAUCUGAACAAAAAACCUGCCGAAGAAAUAUUCGCGUUCGUUAAACAAUGUGGAAAUUCUUUUCUCCCCUCAUAUAUUCCGUUGAUUAAGCAAAGAAUGAACACACCUUUCACGGAAAAAGAAAAGGAAUGGCAACAACUGAGAAGGGGCAGAUACGUUGAAUUCAAUCUCAUAUGGGAUCGUGGAACUAAAUUUGGUUUACAAACACCUGGAGCGAGAAUUGAAAGUAUCUUUGUGUCUUUACCCUUAACUGCCCGAUGGGAAUACAUGAAUUUGCCCACAAAAGAUAGUCCUGAAGAAAAAUUGGUCAAAGUUCUGAAGAAUCCACGCGAUUGGGUAUAG